GACAGCACGCGGAUAUCGGAAGUCUAGUCAUGGCUUCAAGAACGCAAUUGUUCAGGCAACAGGGCAGGCACACAUGAGGAGUAUUUCCACGGUCUUAGCAAGCCAAGCUGUGAUGACUGGCGAAGGGCCGGUGAGUGAUCGCGCUGUGCGCGCUGCAGCACGAAACCCAGAUCAGUACAUGCGGUGCGAACGGUAUGGCUAUUUGACUUCUGCCCGCAAGGCCUUCAAGGACCAGCGCAUCGUCUCUCUUUGUGCAGAUGGCGUGCAUGUUGGUGAUGAAGAUUGGCUGAAUGUCGCCAUGUGGUCACCUGAGCGAGAAUGUGCUUGCUUUUUGCCUCCUCAG